UUCAAACCCGGUUCACAUGUUUUGCGAAUCAAGGCAGUCCGUAAAGGCAAGCUCGACCACAAGUACACACCUGAGCGAUUCUUGGUGGUGGCAGCGUUUGCAAAUAGAACUUAUUUACUUGCCAAUGAAUCAGGCCGCCUACUCAAGAGAAGG